AUAAAUUAAACCUUCCUAGUUGCAAAAUUUAUCUUCAAAAAUCCCUAAUUCCUAACUCCUCUAUAUCUUCUCCUUCCAGACAUGGCCAAGCUUCGAUUCAAUAACUUUCUUCUUCUCAGUAAACGGUCGUAUGCAGUAGCAACAGAAAAUCUGAACAUGCAGCAAAUUUUACCAGCAAUGAGAAAGGCAAAAGAGUCCAUGGCAGAAGAUUUAAUUAAAGGGAAGACUAAUGCUCCUAAAGAGAAGACGUUUUGGAUGAGAGAUCCAAAGACCGGAAACUGGAUUCCCGAGAGCCAUUUUGGUGAGAUUGAUGCUGCCGAUUUGAGGGAGAAAUUCCUUUCGAGAAAGGAGAAAUUCUAAAUUAGACAACUCUAUGCUUGUACAGCAUGAUAAACUAUGCAUAUUCUAUCUUUAAUCUCUGCUUGUUAAUUUUCCCUUUUUUCAUAAUCAAAUUUAUAGAAUGUAUAUCUCAAA